AAUAUGCGAAACUCUUCUGAAAAACACAUGGAAAGUUGUGUAGUUUCAACAAUAAAAUAUGGUGGAUUAUCAGUUAUGUUUUGGGGAUGCAUUGGGUGGGAUGGCGUUGGACCUUUGGUAGAGGUCAAUAAUGAUCUCGAUUCUGAUGAUGGUGGUGCUUCAUGUCAUUAUACUAAUUGGUGGAAACAAACUCAUAAUAUUCCAGAUUUAAUCGAUGCAUUGAUAGAAGAAUGGCAAAAGUGCCUUUAG